GUCUCUGUGGGGCUCUGAGUGGCCCUGUGGGGGUCAGAGGGUCCCUGUGGGGCUCUGGGGGACCCAUGUGGCUUUGGGGGGCCCCGUGGGGAUUUGGGGGUCACUGUGGGGGCCAAGGGGUCCCCAUGUGGUUCUGGGGGUCCACGUGUGUCUCUGGGAGCCCCAUGUGGCUCUGGGGGUCCCCAUGAGGGUCAGGGGAGUCCCUAUAGGGAUCAGAGGCCCCCCAUGUGGCUCUGGGGGUCCCCGUGAGGGUCAGGGGAUCCCUGUGUGGGUCAGGGGGUCUCCAUGCAGCCCUGGGGGUACCCAUGGCACCUGGGGGGUUCCCGUGGGGGCCUGGGGGUCCCCAUGUGUCCUUGGGGGUCCCCGUGGGGGUCUGGAUGUCCCCGUGUGGCCCUGGGGGUCCCCAUGGGGGUCAGGGGAUCUCUGUGUGGGUCAGAGGGUCUCCAUACAGCUUGGGGGUCCCCGUGUGUCCCUGGGGGUCCCCGUGGGGAUCUGGGGAGUGCUGAGCCAUGGGGAGGGGGCAGCAGGACGUGGGGACCCCCCCCCAGCCCGUGCAGCUCCGGGGCCGCGGGAGGGGCCGGUGCUUGUCCCCCCACGGCCUGUCCCGCCCCAGGGGGGUGCCGAAGCCCCCCGGGGGGGUGCCGGGGGACGCUGCCAUGCGCCUGCAGCUGGUGGAGCGGGAGCAGGCGCUGCGGCUGGCACGGGAGACCAUCCAGAUCCUGCAGGCGAAGGUGGAGCGGCUGGAGCAGCUCCUGCUCCUCAAGAACCUGCGGAUCGACGACCUGAGCCGGCGGCUGCAGCAAGGACGGGGACAGGGGCAGGCACAGGGACGGGGACAGGGACGGGGACAGCAGCGCUGAGGGGCCCUCGGGACACCUCCCACCACCGAACGGCCUCCCAGCGCCUCCCAGUGCCCUCCAGUGCCCUCCAGUGCCUCCCAGUGCCCU